UAUUAUAGGUUGGUGGUGGCGGUACACAAAAGAACACGCAUUCAAAUUAUUUCCUGAAUUGAAAUAGGGCCUAGGCUAGGCCUAAACACGUUUGUUGAAUUUUGUGCUAGUUAAACUUUUAAAUGUAUACAUAAAGAUCAGGAUCUGGUCUUUUUAAAUUAAUAGUUGCUGAAAAAGUUUUGCUCAUCAUUUCCAAAUAUGGCAGCGGCUAAAGUGAAACAGCGUUAUGUUGUUCUCCACCAUCCAGACUUUGAAAACUUUGAUAAUGAGAUGUCUGUGGAAGACUAUCAAUAUUACACUAAACAUAAGGAUGAGUUUAUGCAGAUGUGGAAUGAGCAACCAUUAAUUUUCUGGAAACGACUGAACUUGAACUACAAAGGUUUUCUUGUUGAUUAUGGUACAGUUUACAAACUAAGGGCCUCGGGUCCCCUGAUGGAUAUGUUACUAAAAGAGUGCUGGGGAUAUAUAGACAGGCAGACAACUAAGGGUAACGAUGUUGAACUUGUUAUGCGGCUCAUUGAAGAUGGUUAUGUGUUAAUGAAAUCAAGAGAGCUCCUUCCUUUUGUUGAUGUUCGUGAUAAAGAAAAAUGUCCAUUCUUGAAUGACAGCACAAGAAAAAGCUUUAGAAGAUUGUUUGGAGCACCUAAAAAAAAUGGUUUACGUCUAAAGGUUUGGUUUCAAUAUCCGUUAUAUGUCAAAUAUACUGGCGCUUUGUGUAAGUAUUUGAAAAAAUGGAUCAACGCGACAGAAUUUAUAGAAGAAGACACUGGGAACUAUUGGAAGCUACCUGUAAAACGUGUUUUGGAUGCAUAUGAGCUGGAUUACUCCGUGUUAAUGGGUAAAAAUACGAAGCCCCCAUGGGAACAUACGGACACUGAUAGUAGCAUGUGGUGGGAGAACGGGGGCCUGUCAACAAUGAUGUUUCUCUCACCAGAAGGGCCCAAGAUUCUUGCUCGGUACCUAGAUUUGCAUGUACCUGAAUACAUGGACAAGAAAGAGUUAGAGGAACACAGGAUAGAGCAAGAAAGAAAGGAAGCUGCUAAGAAAAGGGAUGAAAGAAAUAUAAUUGAGUUUGCACUGAGGAAAGAAGCGGAGAAAAAAAAUCUUGAAAAAAAAAUGGAAGAGUUGCUUAUUAGUAAGACGCCUAUGCCAAGUAUGGGGGUGUUUAAAGGGAAGAAACCAACUAUACCGGAAGCUCUCAAUAACAAAGCAAUGCAAGUUUUCAAAUUACAAAAAGUUCGUCGAGAUGGAUAUGAAUCCAAUGAAGAUGAAGACUUGGAGGAUCCUGAACAGUUUUACAGAAAGUUUGAAAUUAAAGCUGAGCUUGUUGAUAAGCCACCGCCAGAGGAUUGUGACAUUCCAGUUAAUAUAUUCUUGGAUGCUGCAGAAAUGCGAAAAGAGCAGAGGAGGUUGAGAAGUGAGGGUCUUGUUGAUAAAGAGCUGUUUGGUGUUGAUUCGUCCAAGAAGAAACCCUUAGUGAUUGUAGAUGAAGAUUCAGAAGGUUGGGAUGAAGAUUUAAGUUAUGUGAAACUUAGAGAAAAACUAUCCAAGACUGGUGCUAUUCCUAAAGAGACGAGCAAUGGCAGUGAAUCAGGCUCACAAAGCCAAAACUCUAAAGAGAAACUGAAGGAAGCUAUAAAACUGGAAAUAGAUUCCAUCACCAAUCACAUCUCAACAAGGAAUAUGAAGACAAUGGAAAAACUAUCAGAAAGUGAUUCUGAGAAUGAUGAACCAUCCUCUGAGAAAAAGGAGAAGAAAGUACGUAAUUUGACAAUCAAUCUUGGUGGUAAUGGAGGACAGCAACGAAAGGUUGUAGUUACAAUUGAUAAGGACACACUAAAGAAAGAUGCUGGUGGAAUGGUUUGGGAACCACCAGAAUUUGUAGAUUUACUUUUUGCUCAGAAGCUUCUGGCAAAGAUGGAUGAGAAUGAUGAUGAGGAUCCACUUGUUCUACUGGCUAAGCAGAUUAUGGACAUAAAAACGGAUGUUGACUACACAAAGAACUUGGACUUGGAGUGUGCAAGCAAGCAUCUCCACGUUCUGAGUUAUCAGUCCAAGCUGAAAAGAUAUCCUAACCUGCGGAAGGAUAUCAGUCCUGAACAAGAGAAGUUGAGAAGUAAGCAGUACAGAAGAAGUGUUGAGGCUUUACAAGGAUACGGUAUAAGAGCAAUUGAGUUAGCUCGAGGUCAUGUUAUCUCAGCCACUGCAUGGAGGUGUGACCUCUUCAUGACUGAGGAGUGUUUGGAUGGAUUAGUAGUUGUAAAAAAUACUAAAAACACAACUAAGUUUUCACAUAGAACUGAAAAAACCAGAAACCGAAAGCAACGUGUAAAAGCUCCAAAAAACAUGAAGAAGGUGAUUCGAGAAGAGCGGAUUAAACAGAAGAAGGAAGAGCGCAUGAAGUCGGUUCGACUAAAACAGGACAUCAUGCGAAAGCAGUGGGAAGAAGAGAAAGCAGUUGUGGGGAGACGCUACAAUUCAGCAAACAAUAUUGGUGAUGAAACACCAUUUAUGAUGUACAAGAGUCUAUUAUGGGAAGUAGUCAAGGGCGAUGUACGAGCAAUGAGGAAUAUGAUUACCGUUUUGACUGAUACACGUAAUGACGACACUAGCGUGACCUCGCUAACGAAAGAACAGAAGCAGCAAAUUGAGGAUGAUAAACAACUUAUUGGCGUCUUGAUUAAGAAGUUAACGGAGUACAAAGACAGCAAACCGUUCAUUGCUUUUCCUUCAGGUAUGGAGCAGGUCACUGACAUCUACCAUGCUGUCAUUAUGGCCAAGAUGCUACGUGAGUCGUUGAGAGAACUAGAAACCGCAGACAACGCUCAGGUUCUUCCAAGCAGGAGUCUCAUUUUAGACACAUUUGCGGAAAUGGUUCCACAUUUUGCUGAGGAAGUAAAAUUUGAUAGUGUACAAAGGGUAAAAAAGUUCUAUGAAGGCCGAGAAAAGUACAAAUCCUUCAUUGAAAGGAAGAUUAUACAAGAGGCAGAGAGAAGGGUGCAAAUAGAGGCCAAGGAGAAGGGGGAAUAUGUGACGGUGGAAGACCGAGUCAAUUACACCAAACGUCCAGAAUUCCAGGACUUGGUCUAUGAAAAGCUUCUAGAAGGCUCCAAGAAUCGUGCUGAUAGUGGAAAAGAAAAGAAGAAGAAGACAAAAUCUGAAAAAGAUAAGAAAGGGGAAUCAUCAAGUGCUUCAGAGCAAGAACAAAAAUCCAACAUUUCCUUAGACCAACCUGAAGACAUAAAAUGCAAAUCGCCUCCCAGAGAUGAUGGUAAUGCGGAUUCGUCAUCCAAGGGAUCUAGUUUGUCUGAAGAGGCGAAGGCACAGGUGGAAACCGAUGUGCAGCUGUUUCUGAGUAGAGGAUGUCCGGAAGACUCGUCCCUUGAAUCUAGGAUAUUCUCCGCACUAGAUCAGGAAAAACAGGAUGAAAUAAGGAAGCACUACAGAAAAAAGGCUUUGGAAUCGGAAAAAAUAGAAGCGGUACCUAGCAAUGAUGAUGUUACAAAAUCAAAAAAAUCCUAUGCGUUCAAGUCCUGUUCUCAUUGCGAUAAAGUUGAAACUAGUCGAAAGCAGUUUAAACAGUGCCAAAGAUGUGUUGCAGAGAAAUCAAAAAGAAUAAGGUUUUACUGCACGAAGGAAUGCCAAGUUAAUGACUGGAAGCUGAAACAUAAGGAGCAACAUGCAACUGGUAUCUUUAAUUAGAAUUAACUAAUUUCCUUUACUGUAACUGUAAAACAAUACACCUCCUAACUUUCACGCAUAAUGUGCGAUUCUCAUGCAUGCGCAUCCACUUUUUACAUUUCACGCCUACGUUGUAUUAUCUCGCGCAUCAUACAUAUGUUUUAAGAUAAAAUAUGUAGGCCAAUUUUACCCUAAAAUACAUAAAAGAGAAGUGAAUUCGUCAUUAAAAUAUUAAUACCGACGGACGACUGUAUACAGUCGGUAGCAGUUCCACUAAAAAAAAUUUUAAGUAAGGUAGAGGGCGCUCUGUAUUGUGAUUAUUACAUGGAGGGCGCUAUAUACAUUUUUUUUUUGUAGCACGCAUCAGACAUUAACAAUGUUGGCAGGCAUAAAACAAUGUUCAGAUUAUCAAUCGUCAUUUGUAAGUAGCUAUCAGACCUCUGCAAGGGCCAAGGUUCCUCCUGUAGAUAGUCAAUAUGGUUAAUAUAUAAAAUAAACUUCUAAAUAAAUAUAUUGUAGCAUAAAUCUUGGGGUAUAAGAUGACUCUGACCUUUACUUGGAGCCCAAAAAUACAUUUAUUACCUGUGUUGACAUUUACUCAAUUAAACCAAAAAAAAUGAAAAAUUAAACCAAACUCAAUUUAAAACAUAGUAUGUAAUAUACGGUAGUUGCAUUUUAUAGCGCUUUAUACCAAUGUUGGAUUUAAAUUAUAAAUGCAGUAAAUAGAAAAAGUACAAUGAGUUAACCAAAUGUAGUCUGACCUGAAGGCCUACUACAAUAAUGUAAUGUGAUUUAAUAAUGAAUUGCUGGAGGGUGUAAGGGUGUGUAUUUUCAAGUUUCAAAUAAUAUAUUGCCACUUUUAAUGUUGAAAUUAUAUUGGUAUAUCUGUAAGACCAAAUGUGAUGAUCAUAUAAGAUGAUGAUUGGAGUUGGUGGAAGACCAACUCUCGCCUUCAGCCUCAUUGAUAAUAGUAAUGGUCACAUGACUUUUAAUUCGGAAUAAAUGUAUAUGAAAAUAUGUAUCUUAUUUACGUUUUUUUCCAAAUUUGUGAAGGAAUAUUUUCUGUAUAUAAAUUUUAUCAUGCAAAUCAAUCAUAUAAAAGUAAUCAUGAGAAAAUAUACAUAUGAUUUUUUUUUGUGUGAUUUUAUUAAAAGUGUUUGUUUUAUAUAUAUAUGGGUAUGCACUAUAAUUUAGCAUAUAGAAAUUUUGUUGGCAAUUUAUUUUGAGCAUAAAUUCUAAUGAAUGAAUUUGUGAUAAACUUUAAGUUUAGGGACAAAAUAAAUUCUGUUAAAUGAAAACUAGAGUUAAGGAUAACAUUUUAAAUAGUUUUAGUAUUAGGUAAGGUUGGCACUUAUGCUGUAUAAAUAUUAAAGUUUUAUUUGGUGUGGAGUA